AUGAUCUUACGAUUAAUCCAUCUUGCAACGCUAACUAGACUCCUCUUGUCCCCAGCUCAGAAAACCAAAGUUUUGUUAAGGUAUAUACUGCUCACUUUCGUUCUUCUCUCUGAACUAGAACGUGGAUCGAAGUUAUUUGAUGGUGCGGUGAAUUUUGUAGUGAAAACUAUGUCGAUCAGCACAAAGCUUUUUGACUUUUGUGUUGAUGAACUCGACCCGCAUCUUCGCGGUAAAUACGGUAUUCUCAAGAUUUUCCUCCGCGAAAUGAGUCCAACGCAGCGUGAUGAAGUUGUUAAGACUGAAAAGUUUAUCGAAACGAUCUGUGAGCAGUUGGAGAGCAAACUUGACAAUCAACUCAUUACAAAUGCGGCUGCAGACUUGGUGGCCACUUUGGUCUCCCAGUGCCCAACAUCAACACCGCUUCAGGACUUGUUCGCUCAGAACAUGAUACAUCAUGUAAAGUGUAUACGAUCAACCAUACUGCGAUGGUUCGGUCGUUUUGAUGUGACGAAGGAGAGCUGUCAAUUUCUACUUACUCUGCAGAGCUCUAUUCGAGAGUCCUUUUUCCGCACAAAUGAUGACUUAUGGCCUCCACGCAUCUGGGAGACAGAG